CAAAGAUCAAGGAAACAAGGUUUACAGAAGUUACGGGUUACAUUUCAUGAAAUGAAGGUCGAACUUUCGCUUUAUUUUACUAUUAUAAUACUGGUUUGUCAGCAAGCACUUAUAAAAGGCGCAUUCCAAAACUGUAAACCGUACAAGAUCAUUCAUGAGGACGAUUAUGACAAGGAUCCAAGUACCGUAUCAGACAGUAGUAAACACCCUAAUGGCUUCUACUGGGGCAAUGCAAAGUAUCCGGCCACAUCAACAAACUUGAAUAACGUAUGUGUGUUCAUUACUAAUGUUACAGACCGAGCAGUCGGAGUUAUGGUGCAGCCACUAAUAAUUGGAAAGAAAAUAUGUGUCAAAGAUGAUGGAGGAAGCUCAGAAUGUGGGGAAACCAUUAGUAAAUGUUUUGAAGCAAACUCUGAUACAGCAAAGUAUGAAUUCUAUUGCGAUCCUGGCAAAGGUUGCGAUACUGAUGUACAAUUUUGGUACAGGCUUAGACCAAGUGAAGGAGAUAAGGAUGACUGGUGCACACUGAUACGUGAUGGUAAUGACUUCCCUAACAGCCUGUUUCUUGUGCCAACUAAAGAGACUCCAAAUAAAAUAAGCCCAACCAGUGGUGGUUCUACUCUUAAUUCUCUCAGUAUUGGACUUAUUAUUAGUAUUGGACUUAUUAUGCAGUUCUAAUGUCACAGAUUUUUUAAGUUWAGUUUUCUACAAGAUGUACUUUAUAUUUUUCUAUCGCGCAGAGAACUUUGCACAGAAAUGGCUUUCUGAUAUUAUUAUGGCUUAUCUGAAUGGCUCUUAGAUAUAUAAUAAUAUGUUUAAUAUGAUUUAAAUUGAAAAUAAAAGGUUAUUGUUAUGAUAAUUCCAAUACUCUGACAAAUUUAUGCAUAGUACAAUUGUUAACAAUACAAAACUUUUAAAAACAAUAGAAUAAAUACAAUACUAUAUGCAUAAAUUUGCCACUAACAAGAAAAAGAUGUUGGACAGAUGUUGAGCAUCUUGCAAUGGAAAACAAKGGGGUUCAAAAGUUGUAUUAGAGCAAUUUCCAUGUUGCAAUUAUAUUUUUGGUGAUGUCAUCACAAUAACAUUAUUAAACUACACUUAAUUAUUCCCAAGAACACCAGUCAAUGUUGCCCUUUGGUGGAAAGUGCAUACAUUUAACUUCAUCUCAGGCAACAUUGAAAGUAAAGGGUGUGGUAAAGACAAAUAUACAAAAGUAAUUUGGGUUUAGGGGUGGUAGUAUGGGAGUAUGUAGGACAGCCAUAGUAAAAUAGAAAGGACUGCAGAGURUAGUGUGAAAAAAUGAACCAAUGAAAAAAAAAAUAAAUGAUUAUGUAAUUAUACGAAUUAAUAGCAUGCUUACUUUUACUCACUGAAAUAAGCUUAGCUUAAUAUUGAAAUGCUUAUAAAAAUUAUUGUACAUUUUACAUGUAAUACCAAUAAAAUUUAAAA